AUGAGUUACAUUUUGUCACGCCACACUUCUGAGUGUAAUGAUGAUCCUGAAAUUUUAGCAGGAAUUAUUUCAACAAAAGAAUCUAAAAAAAGGCAAUCUUUAAAGGAGCAACAAAAUUUGAGUAAACGUAAUAGUCGAAAUAGUUCUUCUUACUCAAUUGAUAAAAAUAGUACAACGCAAUCACCAGCUAAAAUUAGAUCUCGUAGAUCAUCUAGACAUUCACAAUCUCGUUACUCCAGUAUUGAUGGAGAUGAUAAUGAUGAUUUGAUUGUAGAUGGUCUUCCAGAUGAAGAUAUUGAUACUGAUUCAGAUGACAAUGAAACAUAUGCUAUUUAUAAUAAAGCUAAAGCAGAACAAGUAGUUUCAAUGUCAUUAAUUGACUAUUUUUCAUCUCAAGAUAUUGAUGAAACUGUUGAAAUUCUUCUUCCAUUUAUGAAUGAAAAAUGUAUAACAGAGACAUUGAAAAAAAUUAUAACUUAUCCAAUGACAAAUGGUGAUUAUGGAGUUUAUGGAGCAAUUUCUGAUUUAAUAUUUGCUUUAGUUAAAAAAAUGGAAAAAUCAUACAUUGAUAUACAUGGACCACUUCAAUGUGUCAUUGAAGAAGUUCUUUUAUCUAUCAAUGAAUGGUCACUUGAUUGUCCAAAAGUUGAAGAUUUAUUUGCUGUUUUUUUGGCUCGUCUUACACUUGAUGAUAUUUAUCAGGAUGGACAUCUUCAGGGAUUACUUGGAAAAUUUAGUCUUUAUGAUGGAGCAGAUAGUUGUAUUAAUAAAGCUAUUAAUAUUGUUAAUAAACCUGAAAAAAUAAGACAAAUUAUACCAGAAGUAACUGGAUAUGAACCAAUUGAAAAUUUAUCUCAACAAAUAUUUUUAAUUAUUAAAGAAUAUCUUCGUGCUAAUAGUAUUGAAGAGACAAGAAAAAAAUUAGUUGAUUUACAAUCUCCCUUAUAUAAACAUGAAAUUGUUUACCAAUGUUCUAUUAUCUCUGCAAUUGAGAAUGACAAGACUGUUAAUGCUCUUUUAGGAGAAUUAAUAAUGAAGAUGUAUGAUGAUAAUGAGUUACCACCAAGAUUUAUUAAAGAAGGUCUUGUUAGAUUCUUCCAAAACAUUAAAAAUCAUCAAUUAAAAAUUGGAAAAGAAGAGGCUGAUGGUUUUGUUAAUGUUUUACGCCAAAAAAAGGAACUUGGAAUUGAUGAAUGCAUUAAAUGCAUAUAA